AUUGAUGAACUGAGAACCAGAUGCAUUUGUAAAUUAUAAAAUAAUUAACGCUUGAUUUUUGAUAGAAUUAAAAAUUGUUUAAUCAAAGAGAUUAAAUGGGUAACACAUUUUAAAUUCGUCUGAAGUUGCGGAGAGUGUUUUUCUCAUAAAUAAAUGUUGAUGGAUUCGUCCUCCGAUUAGAUGAAUUGGUUUUGGGCAAUUUGGAAAAGGGAGCGAUAAUCUUACAGAUUCGGAGAUGGAGAAGAUAAAGACACAAUUGGAGAAGCAUAAUGAUGAUGAUCGGAAGGUUGCGUCCGCCAUCGAUGGUCUUCCUCUCAGAUUUUAUGAACACUUUGUUAUGGCUGGUCUUCGCGUUGAUCUGAUCGAACCUGGUCGCAUCGUUUGCACUCUCAAAGUCCCUGCUCGUUUGCUUAACAAUAAUAAUUCCUUGCACGGAGGAGCCUCGGCGUCACUUGUGGAUUGCAUUGGUUCAGCAGCGAUAGCGACUAUGGGCUCUACCACCACCGGAGUCUCCCUCGAAAUUAGCCUCUCCUACUUGGAUGCUGCUUAUCUCGACGAGGAAAUCGAGAUCGAGAGCAAGGUAUUGCGAAUGGGAAGGAGUAUUGCAGUGGUUAAUGUUGAAUUGAGGAGAAAAGACAAUGGUAAAAUCAUUGUUGAAGGCCGCCACACCAAGUACCUUGCCAUCUCAAGCAAGUUGUAGUUACGAACUUCUUCAAUAUCAACAUUUUAGUCUGCGUUAUGCAUCGAUGUAUUACGUUUUGUAGCUUCAACAAAAAGAAAUGUGAUGACAAUAAUAAUUCCUUCUAUGGCUUUGCUGCUUUA